GGCGGAGGGAGGAGGAGGAGGAGGCCCCGUCGCGGCCUUCGCCGCCGCCAACGGGGCUGUCCCUGUAGCUCCCGAUGGAGUUUGAGGCCGUGAAACCGCCGCCGAGCUCUGCCCCGGCGAGACGAGGCGCCUCCGUCGCCGAGCCGCGCCGUCGCGGGGCUCCCGGGAGCGGCCCUUAGCGACCCCGCCCGGGCCCCCUCAGCUUACAAAACACUACACAGCAAAAUAAUGAUCUGCUAGACUGCUAACCCGAGCAUCCAGCUUCCACAAUGCCUGUGCAGGCAGCUCAAUGGACAGAAUUUCUGUCCUGUCCAAUCUGCUAUAAUGAAUUUGAUGAGAAUGUGCACAAACCCAUCAGUUUAGGUUGUUCACACACGGUUUGCAAGACCUGCUUGAAUAAACUUCACCGAAAAGCUUGUCCUUUUGACCAGACUGCCAUCAACACAGACAUUGAUGUGCUUCCUGUCAACUUUGCACUUCUCCAGUUAGUUGGAGCCCAGGUACCAGAUCAUCAGUCGAUAAAGUUAAGUAAUUUAGGUGAGAAUAAACACUAUGAGGUUGCAAAGAAAUGCGUUGAGGAUUUGGCACUCUACUUAAAACCGUUAAGUGGAGGUAAAGGUGUAGCUAGUUUGAACCAGAGCGCACUGAGCCGUCCAAUGCAAAGGAAACUGGUGACACUUGUAAACUGUCAACUGGUGGAGGAAGAAGGUCGUGUCAGAGCCAUGCGAGCAGCCCGUUCACUUGGAGAAAGAACUGUAACAGAACUGAUAUUACAGCAUCAGAACCCUCAGCAAUUGUCUGCCAAUCUAUGGGCUGCUGUCAGGGCUCGAGGAUGCCAGUUUCUAGGGCCAGCUAUGCAGGAAGAGGCCUUGAAGCUGGUAUUGUUGGCAUUAGAAGAUGGAUCUGCUCUCUCAAGGAAAGUUUUGGUACUUUUUGUCGUGCAAAGACUAGAGCCAAGAUUUCCUCAGGCAUCAAAAACAAGUAUUGGUCACGUUGUACAACUACUGUAUAGAGCUUCGUGUUUUAAGGUUACCAAAAGGGAUGAAGACUCUUCCUUGAUGCAGUUAAAGGAGGAAUUUCGUAGUUAUGAGGCAUUACGCAGAGAACAUGAUGCCCAAAUUGUUCAUAUUGCUAUGGAAGCAGGACUCCGAAUUUCACCUGAGCAGUGGUCGUCACUUUUAUAUGGUGACUUGGCUCAUAAAUCACAUAUGCAGUCUAUCAUUGAUAAGCUGCAGUCUCCAGAAUCAUUUGCAAAGAGUGUCCAGGAGUUGACAAUUGUUUUGCAGCGAACAGGUGACCCAGCUAACUUAAAUAGACUGAGGCCUCAUUUAGAGCUUCUUGCAAACAUAGACCCUAAUCCAGAUGCUGUUUCACCAACUUGGGAGCAGCUAGAAAAUGCAAUGGUAGCUGUUAAAACUGUGGUUCAUGGUCUUGUGGACUUCAUACAGAAUUAUAGUAGGAAAGGCCAUGAGACACCUCAGCCUCAGCCAAACAGCAAAUACAAGACUAGUAUGUGCCGAGAUCUGCGACAGCAAGGGGGGUGUCCACGAGGAACAAACUGUACAUUUGCCCAUUCUCAGGAAGAACUUGAAAAGUAUCGAUUAAGGAAUAAAAAGAUCAAUGCGACUGUAAGAACAUUUCCUCUUCUAAAUAAAGUUGGUGUAAACAACACUGUUACAACCACAGCCGGAAAUGUCAUUUCUGUCAUAGGAAGUACUGAAACAACGGGGAAAAUUGUUCCAAGUACAAAUGGAAUUUCAAAUGCAGAAAACAGUGUUUCCCAACUAAUCCCACGUAGUACUGACAAUACAUUAAGAGCUCUGGAGACUGUGAAGAAAGUGGGAAAGGUUGGCACUAACGGUCAGAAUGCUGCUGGGCCCUCUGCAGAGUCUGUAACUGAAAAUAAAAUUGGUUCUCCACCUAAGACUCCUGUAAGUAAUGUAGCUGCUACCUCAGCUGGGCCCUCUAAUGUUGGAACAGAACUGAAUUCUGUGCCUCCAAAAUCCAGCCCGUUUCUAACUAGAGUACCAGUAUAUCCUCAGCAUUCUGAAAACAUUCAGUAUUUUCAAGAUCCAAGAACUCAGAUUCCCUUUGAAGUCCCACAGUACCCACAGACAGGAUACUACCCACCACCUCCAACGGUACCAGCUGGUGUGGCUCCCUGUGUUCCUCGCUUUGUGAGGUCCAAUAACGUUCCAGAGUCUUCCCUCCCACCUGCUUCCAUGCCAUAUGCCGAUCAUUACAGUACAUUUUCCCCUCGAGAUCGAAUGAAUUCUUCUCCUUACCAACCUCCUCCCCCGCAGCCGUAUGGACCAGUUCCUCCAGUUCCUUCUGGAAUGUAUGCCCCUGUGUAUGACAGCAGGCGCAUCUGGCGCCCACCUAUGUACCAACGAGAUGACAUUAUUAGAAGUAAUUCUUUACCUCCAAUGGAUGUGAUGCACUCAUCUGUCUAUCAGACAUCUUUGCGGGAAAGAUAUAACUCGUUAGAUGGCUAUUACUCAGUGGCUUGUCAGCCACCAAGUGAGCCAAGGACAACUGUGCCUUUACCGAGGGAACCUUGUGGUCAUUUGAAGACCAGUUGCGAGGAGCAGAUCAGAAGAAAGCCAGAUCAGUGGGCACAGUACCACACUCAGAAAGCACCUGUCUCUUCAACUCUUCCUGUGGCAGCACAGUCUCCAACUCCACCUUCUCCUCUGUUCAGUGUAGACUUCCGCACGGAUUUCUCUGAGAGUGUGAGUGGUACAAAAUUUGAAGAAGAUCAUCUUUCCCAUUAUUCUCCCUGGUCUUGUGGCACCAUAGGCUCCUGUAUAAAUGCCAUUGAUUCAGAGCCCAAAGAUGUAAUUGCUAACUCAAAUGCUGUGUUAAUGGACCUGGACAGUGGGGAUGUUAAGAGGAGAGUGCAUUUAUUUGAAACUCAGAGAAGGACAAAAGAAGAAGAUCCAAUAAUUCCUUUUAGUGAUGGACCCAUCAUUUCAAAAUGGGGUGCAAUUUCUAGAUCCUCUCGUACAGGUUACCAUACCACAGAUCCUGUGCAGGCUACUGCUUCCCAAGGAAGUGCAACUAAGCCCAUCAGCGUAUCAGAUUAUGUCCCUUAUGUCAAUGCUGUUGAUUCAAGGUGGAGUUCAUACAGCAGUGAGGCCACAUCAUCAGCACACUAUAUUGAACGGGACAGAUUCAUUGUUACUGAUUUAUCUAGUCACAGAAAGCAUUCCAGUACAGGAGACCUCUUGAGCCUCGAACUUCAGCAGGCCAAGAGUAAUUCAUUACUCCUUCAGAGGGAGGCUAAUGCUCUGGCCAUGCAACAGAAGUGGAAUUCCCUAGAUGAAGGUCGUCAUCUUACAUUAAAUCUUCUAAGCAAGGAAAUUGAAUUGAGAAAUGGAGAGAGUGAUUAUACAGAAGAUGCAACAGAUACUAAGCCCGAUAGGGAUAUUGAGUUAGAGCUUUCAGCACUUGACACUGAUGAACCUGAUGGACAAACUGAACAAAUUGAAGAGAUCCUGGACAUACAACUUGGUAUUAGUUCUCAAAGUGAUCAGUUGCUGAAUGGAACAGCAGUGGAAAAUGGGCACCCAGUACAGCAGCACCAAAAGGAGUCACUAAAGCAGAAGAGACAGAGUUUAGGUGAAGACCAUGUGAUUCUGAUAUGCAAACCAGUCUGUCUAUUUCAUGGAUAUUUAAUAGUGAGAUCUUCCAUGUUGAAGGUAAUGUAUUUUUUUUUAAGAUUUUAAAAUUGCUAUUUUGUUACAAAAUAGAGACCUAUUAACAGUUUGAGAGCUCCUUAUGUGCCCUCAGGGAAAGAACCCUCUGUGCAACAGAACUACACAAAACAUCUUCAGCACGUUCUGAGGGUGAAUAUAUACUACAUAAAUUGAUCUUGUGUAUUUAACCUUAUCUUUUUAAUUUUAAAAUUGAAAUUUUGAAACUUGGUUGUGCUCUGCUGGAGGGGGUUGGGAUAAACUGCUUAGGUGUUUGCCUACUUGUCCAGUGAAAUUACAUUUGCAUCAAUGUAUGUAUAAUACCUGCCAACCUUAUUAGUAUGUCUCAGAACAUUUAUAUUAAAAUAAUGCUUGUCUUGCAGCAGGUGAUCCCAUAAAAUAACUCCCUGUUCUUAAAAACUUACUCUCUUCCUCACUAACAACAUAGGAAUAAUUUCUGUGUUGAGAUUAUACUGUAUUGCAUCUCUGUACGUAGUGGCCACCUUCUCUGCCAUGGUGGUGUUAAUGUGAAGUGAAAUCAUUGAUUCUCUGCCACUUUAGAAGAAAGAGCAGUUCGCCUGACCCUUCUUCAGAAUGGUAGUUUCUGCGGUCAUAGAGGAAAAUAUUACAAACCACACCUUGGGUGUGACUCCUUAAAAUGGAGGACAUUUCCUGUCACCUGGCCCUAUUUCCAACACAUUGUGAUAGAAGCAUUUUGAAUCAAAGGCUACAAAGCGACAGGGAAGGAAAUUAGUAACAUUGGUAACUAAACAGCAUGUGUUGCCUGUGGUCUAAUCAGGAGAAAGUCUGAAGUCUGGAAAGCAGGAAAGUGGUGAUUUUUCCUUUUUCUGUUUGUUUUCAAUUUCUGUUUCUUCUUCUUAAGUCCAUGUGCCUCAUUCAUAUAUUAUGGAUAUGGUAUCAGUAGUUCUCUCUUUGGGCUCAUUUCAUGAAUUCUGAAAAUGUUACAUACAUAUUUCUUCUAGUUGAUACCUGCACAAAUCAGAUUCUCUUGCCUUUGCGGCCAUGACUUAGUUUCAAUGCCAUGGGAUAAACCAGUGACUCAUAUGGAAGUUCUGCAUUCUAAUUUUCAUGAGAAAUUAGUUUAAUCAUCAGACAAGUAGCACUGAUUUUUUUUUCCCCUCUCUUUUACUAGCUAUUCUGUGUAGUAAGAGUAAUAAAGGAACCCUCGCAUACAAGAGCUGAAAUUGUCCAUUUGUAUGGACCAACUCACUUUCACUCAGAUUUCCUGUUGAUAAGUAUAUAGCGUUCAUCGCAAUUUUAUAUACAGCCUUGAGAAAAUUAUAGGGUGCACAGCAGUUUGUAGGAAUUUAAAGUCAGAUCAUUUAAGCAUUAAAAAAAAUUAUUUGAAAGCCAUCUAGCUUGCUUUUGCAUUUUAGAUGUUAAAACUGAUAUCUUCCUGUUAACAGGGUGAAAUUUGUAACGAUCAGAUGUCAACAUGGAAUUUCACCUCUGAAUUCUGACUACUCCUUCACUAGCUUUCUAGUCAUUUUCAGAGCAGACUGUCACCAACAAUGGUAACAUGCCAUUUACAGGUUGAGUUGCAUUGCGACUUUGUAUUCAUUUCCUAGAAGAACUUUCUUAUGUUUUAGUGAAUGAAGAGAAUUGAUGGGAUCACUUACUGUAACUCCUUCUUCAUAAGGACCCCUUCUGCAAGCAGAACACAAAUGAACAUGCUCAAAGAGUAUCCCAUUUUCUGGAGAAAUUGAAGUUUGCUAGUAACUCCUUUAUACUAGCAGUUUCUUUGUAUCUCUUUGCUGGCAAGGGAAUACAAGGAGUCCAGGCCACAGAUGAGAACACCCCACAUUUGAGUGGAGAUUUAUUUUUACUCAAGAGCAUUUAAUCCCCCAAGUCCAAAAUUGGCAGUUCUUUUUCUUUUUUUAAAUUAAUUAAAAAAAAAAUCCCCAAACCAGUGAAACACAGACACUGGCUGCACUUAGUACUGCCAAAAGCCAAGGUCAUUUGCACAUAUUCCAUCCACCUGUCCAGAAUUAGGCCUCACUUUAUAACCCAAGGCAUGGAAGUGCAUGCAUCCUCUUAGCUGGGCAAACAAUUAUACUGUAGUUGUGAUACAACACAUGUGGCUUUUAUUUGUACUGCACAUAUCCACUGUACAGCCACUUGGGAGUAUCGUGGUUAGCUUGCAGCAACUGCUGUCUGCAUUUAUACUGUUUAUUGCAUAUUCUUUUCCCUGGAAGUGAAAGAAAAAUGUUUUUCUUGUUGCAUUGACUACAUUUUAUAAAUUUGCUUAGCUGGAAAGUUUGGGAAAAGAGGCCUGUUUGUCAAUUGUACAACCGAUUGUGAAGCUCUAGUGUGAAUAUUUUUACGUCUGUAUUAGACAUUUUCUUUGCAAAUCUAUUGUUCGAUUGAAAUGUAAAUGAAAUUAAAGAUGGUGUACACCCAUCAUGUAAAAAGCAGGCACCAUCUCUAAGAUGGAUUUAAUGCUCAUUUUUAAGGCAUAUACUCAGCUUCUAUUUAAAACUAUAAUUUAAAAUAAUUCUGUACAAUGAAAUGGGGAAUAUAUAUGGGAAUAAAUUCUAUUCCAUUUAUUUCAAUUUGAAUUUCCAAAUUGUAAUGUUUCCCUUUGUGCUAUAGGAAUAGGAUUAAAAUGGGGGAAGGCUAGGACUUAUAAGGCCUGUAUAUGGGGGGAGGGCAGAGAUGGAACAAUGAGGGUUGUGAUGAUAGUGAAUAGCAAAGAGUGAAUUCUGUGUGUUUUUGCUGUAGCACUGAAGUGAAGAGAUAUUAGCUUUGGCUGUUCACAAAAUAGAGCAUCAUGAUUUUCAGUGUUUGAGAGAAAAUUGAUGGAAAAAGUUUGCAGUACUUGACAUGUAUUUGCAUGCACAAAAUAAAAUUAUUUGUCCACCUUGAAAGUUGUUUGUUAAUAUUA